GUAUACCUAGGUAGAUACUUCUCUUCUUUGUAAAUACGUAUUCCUCCCGCCAUAGAGUCACAAUGGCAGAAAAAGUAGACGUAUUGAUUUGUGGUGGAGGUUCUGCCGGCCUUUGUGCCGGCGUCUGGCUCGCGCGCUGUGGCGUCUCUUUCCGAAUCCUAGAGAAACGGGCUGGAGCCCUCGAGACUGGUCAAGCAGACGGUGUGCAAUGUCGGACUGUCGAGAUAUUCGAGAGUUUCGGGCUUGCGGAGACGCUGCUCAAAGAGGCUUACCACGCCAUUGAGGUUGCUUUCUGGGCUCUAGUUACCGAUGAUAGUGAGUACGGAAUCAAGAGGACCAAUUAUACCGCCGAUACGGAACCUGGACUGAGUCACCUACCCCAUGUACUCUUGAGCCAAGCUAGGAUCAAUGAAUUGUUGACUCAAGAGAUGGAGAGGGCGGCGAAGGGACCGUGUAUUGAGUAUGGCUAUGAGGUUCAGGGGCUAGAGGUUGACAGUGAAAAUGUAAGGGAUCUUAACGCAUAUCCUGUUACUGUAAAUGCCUCAAAGGAUGGAUUAGAGAGAGUUUAUCGCGCAAAAUAUGUCCUGGGUAGCGAUGGGGCUCACAGUGUCAUCCGAAAAUCACUCGGGUUCAAAAUGAUCGGAGACUCAAGUGAUUCCAUUUGGGGCGUCAUGGACCUCUAUCCGCGAACUACAUUCCCCGAUAUCCGCAAGAAGUGCGUGAUUAACUCCAAAGCCGGCAAUUUAAUGAUCAUACCGCGUGAAGGAGAUUUCCUAGUUCGCUUCUACAUCGAGUUGAAAGAUGUUGUCGCGAAGGAUGUCACGCUCGAGGAACUUCACAACCAGGCCCGUCUCAUUUUAGAGCCAUACACCUUGGAAGUUGCAGAAACGGUCUGGUGGUCGGCAUAUGCGAUUGGCCAACGCCUCGCCGACCAGUUCCAUAAGGACUACCGUGUGUUCCUAAGCGGUGAUGCAUGUCAUACUCAUUCCCCUAAGGCAGGUCAGGGGAUGAACGUCAGUCUCCAGGACGGUUAUAACAUCGGCUGGAAGCUAUCGGCCGUGCUUCGAAGACAAGCAGUCCCAGAAUUACUCGAGACGUACGUCUCGGAGAGACAAAAGAUUGCUGGUGAAUUGAUCGAGUUUGACAGGAACUGGACGAAGCUCUUCUCAUCCACGUACCGUCAAGAGCAUGGCAUCGCGCCAGAGGAGGUUCAGAAGCAAUUCAGGUUGGCUGGCCGCUAUACCGCAGGCCAGGCGAUUCAUUAUGAGAACUCAAUAAUCGUCAAUGCAGAAUUGAGUGACUCUGUCUAUGCUACUAGCUUGACUGCUGGAAUGAGAUUCCCUAGCGCCCAAGUAGUUCGAUUAGCCGAUGCCCGCACGGUACAGUUAAGCUCAGCUUUAACGACAGAUUCCCGGUGGCACGUCGUCGCAUUUGCUGGGUAUAUCAAUUCGGAGAAUUUGGGGCGGUUGCGGAAACUUUCAAUUGACCUAGGAGCGGUCGUUGACGCCUUCACGCCAUCACAUGUUGAUCGCGACACCAUCAUAAAUCCCAUCCUCGUUCUGUCAUCAAAGCGAACCGAGAUCGAACAAAAUUGGAUCCCGGACACAUUUGCCCCCAUCGUGAGCAAGUGGAAGAUGAAAUCGCUUUUCAAAGUCUUCGUCGACGAUGAAGGUUACAAUUCACCCCACGGCCACGCGUAUGAGAAGUACGGAAUAGAGCCGACACGAGGUGCCUUGGUUAUCGUUCGACCAGAUCAAUGUAUGUUACCCCUUCUUUUACCCAAUCCCGAUAAAGUGCUUAUAUUGGGACAGAUAUUUCCAAGAUAUGCUCUCUGUCAGAUAUCGAUGGUGUUAUGAACUUUUUCGACAAGUUCAUGAAACGGGUAAAGCGUUGAACCAAGUGAGUUUUGGUUCGCUAAUCGUACUAAUUAGAUGCACCUAGUAGCCAUAAAUUAGGUACUCUAGGGCUGUAUUAGUGUUAAACGAUUAGCGAUCUCUCCGCUAAGAUUUUGCUGACUAUAGCCCUGGAGCGAUUACGAUUUAGGGAUAAUCGCUACAGUCUAGGGAGUUCAUCCACUAAAGAAAAACACCUUGCAAUGCGAGAGUACGGCGAUUCCUAGGCCAGAAGUUUCGCACAUCUUAAAUCUCCAGGGCUGUUUACGGGCUAUCUUCGCACCGCGUGGCAUCUUUCUUUAGUGGCUAAGUU